AUGGGAAGGGUCAGAGAACAUCUGGUGGGUAGUCCUGUAACACACAGAUCUCGCCCUGCUGUGCUGAACACUUGGCACCAGUUUGGGAUCUGCUACAGGGGUGGAAAUUUCCUUUCCUGGAACCAGCACCUUGACCUUGUCUUCCUCCUUCAUCACAGUGAUACCCACAGACCCAGGCACCAUGAGUUCUUGGUGCGGGACGAUGACGUCUUCAACAUCACCUACCCCAAGUCUGGCACUGUGUGGAUGACGGAGAUCCUAAGCCUUAUCCACAGUCAUGGCCAUCCUGGCUGGAGCCGAACGGUCCUCAAUUCUGACCAUGUGCCCUGGUUCUCGACUCGUCUGGGUCUGGAGUUGGCCCUCAGCCACCCCUCACCUCGUCUGCUGACCUGUCACAUCUUCCCCAAGUCCUUCCCCUCUUCCAAGGCCAAGGUGGGAAUUGUCCUACAAGCCUUCCAGAUGGAAAUGUGCAACCCCGCCAUGUUGCGUCUUGCCCCUCUCUGGUUCUCUGGGGCGUAUUCAUUGGCUCUAGAGGCCUUGCGUUUUCAUGGAGCCCUGAUUAAGGUUGAUGGAGUCUGGGGCUUCCUUGGAGCCCUGGUUAAGGACUGGUUGAUGGAGUCUGGGGCCUCUGUGGAAGAUCUCUCCAUUUACAAACCCACCAGGACUGCCAGGUCCUGGACAUUCCAGUUCACCUACUGGGGGUCUAUAACCUCUGCAUACGCCCUGCUCCAGGUCAUUUACACUCUACGGAAUCCUCGCGAUGUCGUCAUCUCCUACUACUACUUCUGCAAGAUGUGCAACAGCUAUGAGGACCCCACACCAUUUGAGCAGUUCCUGAGGGACUUUCUGGAUGGAGAGCAUGAGUGUGUGCCCCACAGUUCCUGAUUUGAACACGUCCAGGGGUGGAUGGAGGUGAGGGGCAGGGAGAAUUUCUUCUUCGUCACCUAUGAAGAACUGAAAAAGGACCUGAGGGGCAGCAUGUGACAUCUCUGAUGGUUUCUGGGGCAGGGUUUGGAUGAGGAUGCUGCUUCUUCCGUGGUGCAAAAUGCCUCCUUCACGUCCAUGCGGGAGAAGCCAGUGUGCAUCUCAGUCCUCCUCCCUUCGGACAUCAUGGACCAGACAAAGGGGCAGUUCCUGAGAAAGGGCAUCUGUGGGGACUGGAAGGACCAUUUCACAGUGACACAGAGUGAGACCUUCGACCGAAUCUACCACAAUAGGAUGCAGGGCCUGAACAUGGACUUUCCUUGGGAUGGGCAUUAGGAUUCUGACCUAACUAAGG